GCUGCCUGAUGACGACACCGUGGCGCUUCAUGAACGCCAUGGCUGCUCAUGCUAGCGAGCUUGAGGUUGCAAAGAAGAAUUUAACUGAUGCUAUCGGAGAUAAUGUCAAACAGUAAGUGUGAAUGGUUAUUUUGCAAGUGUGCGGUUUGUAGUGAUGGUUUGUACAGCCUGUUUCUCACCUCCUGUCGCUGAAUUCCUAAGCAAUCCUUCCAGUUUGUUGCUAUGUGCAGGUUAGCAGCUUGCACUCCUCGGGGGCAGUACUUCACCAUCAUGGCCAUUUUUUUUUGCCUUUAUAUGUAUAAAUUAUAGUAUCUCAUAGGAGCAGGGGUAAACGAAAACAAUUUUGAAUGUAGCAGUAUUGUUGCCGUAAUUUGACAUGUGUUAAGGUUCACUCCAUCUGGAAAAUAUUGGGCUGAGUAGCUUCAAUGUGGACAAAAUGAAAACACUGUUUGACUUUUGUAUUGAGCAUCAUCGUGUUUUCUCUGUGUGAUCUCCCUCUAUACAGUUACUGGGCCAACUUAAAGCUCUGGUUUAAACAAAAGAUCAGCAAGGAGGAGUUUGACAUCGAGGCACGUCGUCUGCUUUCACAGGAAAAUGGUUAGUAUGGAAAAAAAUAUCCAUACUUAAUCUGAAGGUCUUGUGGUCCAUUUUGAUGUCCUUCUUCCUCUUUUGCAGUCCAUGUCCACAAUGACUUUCUCCUGGCCAUCCUUACACGCUGCCAGAUAAUUGUCUCCACACCAGGUACAUGUUUCAUUGUAUUUGUUAGAGCUGUCUAAUCCUCCUGAGCAAAACACAAGUCUGAGGUGACUCAUUGAUAGAUUGAUGUUAUGACUAGUAACUAAGGAAAGAAGUGAAGAGAGUUUUUAAUGAAGUUAGCUGUUUCAGGUGUAGAAAUAAAGGAGUUUUUUUGGAAAAUGAACUACAUCAGAGACUGGCAAUUCCUUAAAUUUGAUAAAAAUGUAUAAUGUAAGGGAUGAUGUUUAGUAAUUGUGUGUGACUUAGAGGUACAAACAAACGGACACUAAUAAUCAAUUUAAAAGCAGUUGAAGACCCAUUUGCUCGACCUGCAUGUGUUUUAACCAGUAUGUCCGUUUCUGUGUUAUUAUUUUUCUCUUUUCAUUUGUUUAUUGUGAAGCCCAUCUCUUGACAUUAUUUUUAUGGAUAAACUUUGUUAUAAUUAACAUUUUAACUUUUACUAUUUGUCAGAUAAUACACAUUAUGCACCUAAAAAUGGUUCCUCAAAUUCAAUGGUUGUUAGUGUUUCCAUGGCAACAGUGGUCUUAUCAGGCCAAAAGGGUGUUGAAUUGAUUUUAAACUUAAUUUAUUCACACUUGAGGUGAAACAUCAGCAUUUUUCUGACUGCAUUCUCAAUAGAUACAAAUGAAUUGACAGUAGCAGUAGGCUUAUAUAUAAAUAUCGUCCAUGUUGUCCACCAAGGCUAUGGAGAAAAGAUGAUUUCGCCACAUUGUUAACAGAAAGAAGUAAAAUCAUCAAUUCCAAUGAUCUGCUAGACUCCUUUCUACAGAUUAAUUUGAUAUGUUUGAUAUUUGAUAUAAGUCCUGAAAAACUCAAUUAACUGCAGUCAGACUUGUGUUAAAGAUGGCUUUCCAUUUUUCCUCCAAUGUGUUCUUUUGCUGUCCUCUAGAGGGAGCAGGGCCAUUACAGUGGCAAGGGAGCUCCGCUUCAAAGCCCAGUAAACCAAAAGGGAAGAGGAAAUGUUACAGACAGAAAUUUGAUGUAAGUACAUAUCCUGAUAACAUCUGCUCUGUCUAGAUAAAGGGCAGCUCACAUGAAGUUUUUGAAUUAGCCAUUUUUCCAAUUAGUUUUAUUGCGUAAAUCAGUUUUAAGAUUGGAUAAAUUUGAUAAAUCAACAAAUGCCAGAGCAGCUCUUUUUUUACACCCUGUUUGUCCCUCAGCAUCGUUUCCAGCCUCAAAACCCUCUGAGUGGUGCCCAGCCUUUCAGCUCUCGAGAAAUUGGCGCAGGGGCAGGAGGUGAGGAGGAGGAGCUGCGUCUCAGUGCCCACACUCUGCUGCUGCCCACACGGGGUCAGCUGGAGGCUCGUAUGAUGGUUACAGCCUUUGAACUGGGUCUGGAUAACAUCACAGACGAUUCUGUCAACACCAUGAUCCAUGCUGUAGAGGUUUGUACCCACUGUCCAACAUCAGGGAGGGUAAUCCAAGCUGAUUCUGUGCAUAUAGGCCAGAAGGAAUGAAAUCAGUGAGUUUCCAGUGACGACUUUACAAAAUGAACAACAAACGGGUAACUAGAGUUGUGUGUUAUGUGUCCUAAUAUAAAGAUACACAGACCUAGCAUAGAUGCGUUUAAGUGUUGUGUGAUUGACAAUGAGAAUACACUAUUUGUAUCCAGAAGAAAACACAAUAAGGGUUCUCAUUUUAUUUGUUUUUGUUUUUUUUUUUGUCAAAAACAAAAUUGUAAACAAUCAAACAAUUGACCAUCAUCACAUAUAGUAACAGAGAAGCAUUAAUAAUUCUGUAGAUGGUGGGAACAGGAGUAUUUAAAUUAAGAGCUUGGAAUAUAUAUUUAUACCAGAACAAAAAAAAUUGAAUCCAACAAAAUAGAUUAAACUGGCAGGAACCUCGUCACAUUCAUGAUGUAUGUAUACUUCACUUUUGUAACUCAGUUUAAAUGCACUGUGUGUAGCAAUUAUUGGCUUUUAACAGAACAGACAUGUUAGAUGUGGUAUAUAAUAUUCUUAGGUAUGUUUAUGUUACUUUACAUUGAACAUAGAUAUCAUUUUGUUUUUGUUGACUUUGAAGGAGACUGUUAUAUCCACAUGAAGCUGAUCUUCUUCCACUGAGGGCACUGGAGGUCUUAUCUUAUCCUAACAUCCAUGCAGAGGCUUCAACUAACAGAGGGAUUUAUUUGAAACUCUUCAUUAAACUAGGAUAGGCAGAGUCUUACCUGCCUGUUUACAACAGUUCAUAAACAGUCGAACACAAGUUGAGAUAUCUAAGCUAACUGCCACUACCCCCAAACACACAUAUGCACUCACAUAUAUGUAACUGAUAGCUGUGGUUUCUCAGCUUAUCAAGGAAAUAGACUUAUAAUUUGACUGAUUCAUUUCAGCAUCAUCUGAAAGAUGUCCUGACGGCUGUAAUCACACGACGGAAGGCUUAUCGCUUACGAGAUGGUCAUUUCCCAUAUGCCUUUGGCAGUGAUGUCACGCCGCAGCCUUAUCUGAAGAACAGUCUGGCUGCGUAUCACAGUGUAACUGAAUGGUGAGGAAGACUUUGUUACACUUUGUCACAUUUUUAAAGAUUUGAAGAAUUAAUGUUAAGCUUUACUGACUAUAAAGGUAAGAUUGUAUAAAAGUCAUUCAUCCUGCCUUAUAACGUCACUCAUCAGUUUGUGAGUAAACUUUCUGCUUUUGUUUUUUAGUCCCCCUCCCAGUGCUUCCCUCCCUGCAGGCCCACCACCUCAGAUCUCACCUGAUGAGGCCGAGCAACAAGCUGUUCAUCUGUUGGCUUGCUCUGCCGACAUGCUUCCUGCGCCCCUUCCUCCAAUCAGCAUGUUUGAUCUCCUGGAGGCUUUACAGGUAAGAAAAAUAAGCUCACCCGUAUGUCUUUUGCAAUCUUAGCCCAAUGUACAUCAACUAAUAGAAAGUAUAUAAUUAUUAGAGGGGUUAAAUCAAAUUUACAAGCUUUGUCAUAUCCAAUGGCUUCAUUAUUCUGCUGCAGUAUGAUGCAGCAGAAUAAUGAUUCAGAUUGUGGUCAUUUACUUACUGCCACUUUUUAUUUUAGAGUUUGGCAUUAAGGAUUUAAAUUUUCUCUGAAUCAUUUGCUAUAUAGUAACAUUUUACUUUCAUCCACUUGUAUCCUGAGUUUGAUUGUUAAAUUAGGUUGGUAAUGUAGGAUUUCUCUUUUUUUAUUAUCAGAGAUGGUUUAUAUCUGAGAAUUAACUGCAGUUCUGAGCCUUUAAUUUAAAUGAAUUGAUCAUCUUUUCAAACCUUUACGUUGAGUGAUUAAGAGCUCAUUAUGUCAUGAGCUCUAAAUCAAUUGUCUGAAAAAAGUUUUCAUCUGAAUUAUCGAAGGUUGGCUAAAACUGUGUCAUGCUAAAAAGAAACCAUCUAUCAACAAGAUCCAGACAAACUGUUGAAUUCUCUACUUUGGUUUGACGAAUCAAAAUUUGAUGUUACUGGCACAACUUCUGAUCUACAGAGCAGUGGGAUCACAAAUCUGCUGUUACAAAUAAUUGACCACUGAAAGAAUUGAGACCUAAAAUGUGACAGAGGUUGUUGAGACAACAGGUAAAAAUUAGAUAACAUCUCACUUUUAAAACUUUUUUGUAACUCUUCAGUUAAGAUUUACAAAUUUAGUUAAAAGUUAUUGCAGCUAAAAGAAAAAGUGAUGCACCACACAAGUGUGACGAGUUUUUCUGUCUUGUUACCAGAGUUUGAAAGUCUUUCUGAAACAUGUGUCUAAUAUAGGUUCACCACAGUGUGAUGCCCUCCCACACUAUGUACGCCCUGAACAUGGAGCGCAUCCUCGCACGGCUUUGGCACCCAAGCCAUGAAGAACUGGAGCAGGACCAUGUACAUCGCCAGCGCCUCGCUGCCAAAGAGGGCUGAGUAACACUGACACAGGACUGUAUGCGAGGUAUUGGUAUUAUCAGCAAACACAUGCCAUGAAACACUCGUGUGGGAAAUGAUGGGUCAGGAGAACUGAGUACCUUUUAUUAUAAAGGGAAAAUCUCUUCCUAAAUAAAGAUGAAAGCAGGAAAUGAGUGAGAUGAGACAACACAAAUGGGCAGGGGACACACAGUGGCCAGUUUCCUCCAGACUCUAGCUGAGCUGGCAAAAUAUUGUUUAAGCUGCUUUAGUUUUGUCUUUUCAUAAAACAGGUUUUUGACAUAAAUAUUCUAUUUGGAGCUUCAGUUUAAAUAUCAACAAUGUUUGAAGUUUGGAUAUGUCAGCAGUUAUGAGCACCAAUCAUACUAUGUGUGAAUUUGUGUUGUGUGUGUGGCCCAUACACAUUAGAUAGUAUGAAGUGUGUUGUCAGAUUUGCACCACAGAAACAUUGAUAUCCAGCAUUGAUCUGUUGUGAACAUGAGCCACAUCACCUGUUUCAUGAGGAAAAACAAAACAAAAAGAAACAGACAAGUAUGUUUAUUUAACCUGGAAGUUUAGAUCUUUCCCCUAAAUUCAAAUCCUGUUGUCUUUUUUGCCUUAAAAACAUGCCUGCAGCUGCCUUUCCUAUGAAGAGAGAACUUAACCCCGUCAGACAUAUUGACUUUGAGUUCUUGCUCAAACAUUUUUUGUACUCUGCAGAACUGUUCACAUUUUUAGAUAGAAAGAUGAUAUGAACUCCAUUCGCCAAGCAAGCCCAAGACUGACUGUUAGAAAUGAAUUUGGAAAUUCCUGAUUUUGUUACUUUUCGUAUCAGUUAUAAAUUCCAGCACAGUGUUAUAAUUCCAAUAGGACUGCAUUUAUGCAUAUUUCUUUUCAUUGAAGUCAUCUAGUUGUUACUGGUUAUGUGGUUAUGGUAAGUUUCAGUUGUCUACUGUCUAAGGUUUGCCAUCUUAGUUAGUACAUCCUCAGUCUCAGUCUGACCAACAAUCCCUUACUGCGCAGAGGAUUGUGGGUCAGAAUAGCCCCCAAAAAGCGUGUAAGCUUGUAUAUCAAAAUUGAAAUUUCAUGUAGUGGCAUUUCCUGAGAUUUCCCGCUUACUAAAUUUGACUUGGGAUACACCAAAUCUCUUUGUGAUGGAUUUGAUGUUAUGAAAGCAAAGAUAUUUGCUGACCUACUUUCAGCUUUUAAUCUGCGGGCUGCACUACUGAUAAUGACAGUUGAUGCGCAGACAGUUCACCCAUUACAUGAAUAAGAUGGGUAAAGACAGAAAUUCUCCUGUCUUUGCAUGUGCAACACUGAUUUUUUUCUAACCAAGCAGUGAGUGGGAACACCUGUGGGUUUACUGUCAGGGUGUAGUGGUUUUAAAAUCUGCUGGACAGCUGCCUUCUGUGUCAACAUGCCCCUCAUGAACAUACCUUUCAAGCAUUUCAAAGAUAAACCUGGAACACUUGCUGGCAUCUGGUUUAAAGCCAGUGAGUGUGCAUUAGUGUCCAAAAUAUUUGUACAGAUAAACCUAAUUUUUCAAAUGUUUCCUCUCAAGUUUCUGUUUGUUGGUCCAAAGAAUGUGGUUCAGGUCGAAAUGUGUACAUUUGUUUUGUAUUUUUAUACAAAAAGCUUGUUUGUAAUGUAAAAUAGCUCUGAAAAUAAAGCUUUUUUUCUACAUGUUUGUUUGCAAUUUAAGAAUAUUCUUUCAGUCAAAAUACCACACUUACAAAUAUUAAAGGAACAGGUAUAAUUUAUACUUAACAGUUGAAUUUAAUGACCAAAAUAUGCAGUUGUAGUAGUUUGUUAUAAUCCUCGAGACAUCAAGCAGUUUUUGAAGCAGGUCACAGUUUACCAUGGAGCUCUGAGGUUCAUUACAAACCAGAAUUCUCUAACUCAUUACAGCUCUCUGUGUGAUCAAGUUGGCUGGCCUGCAUUAUCUACUUGUAGACCAAAUCACUGGUAUGUCCUCAUUUACAAGGCAAUUUUUAACUUGCUCCCCUCUUAUUUAUGUAAGGUUAUUGAUUUGAAAAUAUUGGUAGCUAUAGUCUUCACACUGUUAUCCAGACACAGGACUUGCUUUUACUGUCUGUCCCCAGAGUGCAUCUUAAAAUGGGUAGCAAGAGUUUAAGGUUUGCUGGUCCCGCAGGAGACUUUGGAUUUGAGGGAGCUGGUCUCUCUCUGAAUGUUUUUAAAAGCAGAUUGAAGGCUUUGAAGGAGGAUGAGUCAGGCUGUAGAUGAUUUGUUUGAUGAUUUCUGUUUUAUGUCCCAUAACAAGUGUUUGUAUGUCUCUAACUUUAUUAGAAUGUGCUGCUGCUUUCUUGGCCAGGACACUCUCAUAAAAGAGACUUUCAAUCUCUACGAGGCUUUCCUGGUCAAAUAAAAUUAAUUUAUUUAAAAAAAACACCUAGUUUAUCAAAAAUAGUGUUUAUAUUGGUAGAGGUGUAUAAAAAUGCCUACCUUGGCUUUAACACAUUAUAACUGAUUACAAUUUUCUUCACAAACUCCCCUAGGAGUGUAAACAGACCUGCUUUAUGCCUCACAUUUCUUCUAGGAGUCACCAGCUUUAUUGGAAGGACGGUGAUUCACCCUCACACCGUCCCAGUGCGCACUCAGGACAACCUUCCAUAUAUGGCAGUCUUCGGCUCACUUCCGACGCCACGCCGACCAAUCAGCGGCCGCGUAGAGUCACCAGCCAUUACAGGCGUCCCACACCGCACUGGUGACUCAAUAUCCCGUCCGCCCCAGUUACUUCAAUAACAAACACAUAAUGUACAGCACAGAGAGACUAUAAAGUAUUUACAAAAGCACACACACACAUUAAAGCGUGUCAAACCUUUUAUUUCGUCAUAUUUACAGUUCUUAAGUGCUCAAAAUACAGCGUACAAAUAUUAUUACAAAGUGUUAUUUCGGGUCUAACAUUAGUUACACCUUUAUCACAAACUCGUAUCAACAAAAGGGUUAAGAAAGUAAGGCAGGGUUUUGUCAGUAAACGCUAUACACACACCUACAGGAGUCCUUGAGAAAAGGUGUGAAACGUGUCUUUAUUGUUAGUGUUACUCUGUACAAACUGUAAAGAAGCCGGUGGGAACUCAGUGCUCCACCUAAGUCUAUAUGCAGCUUGAAUUCGAGGGCCAAGUGCACCCUGUUUCUGUCUGGUGCAAGAUGAUCCCAUAAAGUGACUGUCUCACAGGACUGCAUGAGAUCUACUCAGUUUCAAAUAAGUUCAAAUUGUAGGAUAUUGAAAUGAUACUGGUUCUUCUCGAUUCAGCACACACUGGGUGAAUAGUGUCAAAAAUGCCAGAAAUACCACAAUUGUCACACUAGAGGGAGCAAAUGUUCAUUGUGAGCUAAGUGUGUCCCUGCUCCAAGUUUGGUGGUACUCGUCCGUCAUACUGACCAAUUGUACGUCUCAGUCACUCUCCAUCGUUGCAUUUUCCUUGCAGAAACGGAGUGGGCACAUCUGUAAGUGUUAUUUUGGUGGAAAUUUAGAAAAGAUAUGGCUGAAUAGUUCCACUUGAAGUUGCAUUUGGUCCCCGAGAAACACCCCUUGUUUCUUACCCCCUCCCUCAUAGUCUAGAAAGCUUGAAGCUGCUGCGUCAAAAUGAGCUGGCAGCCGCUGUUAACGUGGUCCAUGACCUUUUGUUUGAGCAGAGCCAGCUCGUCCCGGAGCACGUUGGCGGAGGAAACCAACUCCGUGUUUUGGCUCUUGAGGUUUUUGACCCUGUCCUCUAGCCGGGAGAUCCUCUCCAGCUUCCUUUUCCGGCAUUUGGACGCGGCCACCCUGUUCCUCAUGCGCUUUCUCUCUGCUUUAAUGCGCUCCUGGUUCUCCAUGUCGAUGGGGGAUAGUGGGGGGGUUUCUCCGGACAUCUCGGGAACAGUCUGCGGCUCUUCCUUCAGCGCGUGGAGCCGCGAGUGCUGCGCAGUCGCGAGCUGGUGGUCCAUGUGGCUGUGGGAUUGCUGCGGGGCGGAGGGGUAGCUGAUAGGUGGGUGCCUCUCGCCGGCAGGUGCACACGCAGAGCCCACAGACCUGCUGAAAGUGCCCAAGUUGGUGUACUCGGGUGGGUCUGUGCGCACUGUGCAGCUGUAAGGGAUCCCACCGCCUUCGGACACAGCAGCGCCGGAUGCCAUGUUGCUACUGGCGCUCAUCUGUGCGUCAGGGUGCACGGCGGGGGCCGGCUGCUGGUAGUGGAGUUCAGCCAGAGCCUUUGCAAACCCUUCCGCGAAUCCCUCCUGCUCGUCCGUGAUGUUCUUGGGACAGAGGAACUGGGUCGGGGUGGGGGUCGUGAGUCCGCUGCAGGACUGGAUGAUGAGUCUUUCCAGCUCCGGAGAGGCCAGCUUCAGCAAACCCACAUCAGGGGACGUGAGGAUGUCCAGGGCUUUAGCGCUCAGCUGGGGCUUGAAGUUCUUGGGGUCGUUCAGGUUUAGAGUCAUGGUCUGUUUCAGGGUUUUGGGGUUGAAGCCGUACACCGCUGCCGUCCCGUCAUGCUGAGAGUUUGAGGCGUUCACGGCUUCGUCGUAGAAAGUCGCUUCCAUUUUCUUGGACAUAAAGUUUGUAUUUACCUUAUCUCAUGAAAUAAAAGUGUCCAGAAUCGCCUGUUUACAUCCGUCCUGUGACUCUUUAUCUCUGAAGUGUCUUGUGAUCGAGUCCGCCUAUUGUUGAAGUUCAACUCACUUGACAACUUCGUGUCCUGAGAGAACUUUUCUCUUCUUUUCAACAGCCGAUUGUAAACAAAUACCGCAGCUCCUUCCGCCGCCAAACCCCACUGUUUCCACACCUGAAGUAUCCUUUUUUGAUUUCCUCUCCUCCUUAAAAAAGUACAAACCUAGCCUGACACGGGAUAAUACUUUCUAUCACUUCCAACGUGGAGACGAACUUUAUCCACCUCUAAGCUGCUGCUCCACUGAAAAUAACAAUGAUGUCAUUUCUACGGCCUCUGAUUGGCUGGAGAUGGUUCAUUGGGCGGGGGUUGACUAAUGACAUGCAGGUUGCUCUGACAACUAGCCAUAUCCCCGCCCCCCCGCGAUGGCUUAUGGGAUUAGGUAAUGCAGACAGUGGAGCAAUGUACUCUGGGAUUACGUAGUGUUUUUGAAUAUUUAGUUACCCGCUCAAUUAUUAGUUACCCAUCCCUAAAAGACGGCACUGACCCACAUUACAAUAUUGAGGUUAAAACUGAUUUGCACAUUAAAGCUCGUUAAAAUCGUUAAGUAAAAUGUGUUACAUUAAUUUAAAUGACAAAUCAAAACGUUAUGUUAAGACUGACAAAGACUUUUCAUGGAGAAGCUACAUCAAUAUCAAAAUACAAUUGUAUGUAGGCUAUACAAGCUUUGUCAGUGUUUAUAUAAACCUAUGAAAACACAAUGGGAAAGUGCCUUUUGCUGGACAGCAAGGUAAAGGGUUCAAGCAACAGAGAAAAAAAAUGAAUGAGGUCAUACCUGUGCUAAGACCUCUUUUGUUGUAAAAGACAGGAAACAAUAGCUCAUAAUGAGCUCUUCUUAAAACUAAGCAGCUUUUUAGAGUCUCUGUCUUACUUCUUUAGGAAUGUUUAGAGGAAAGGUGUUGAAUUUAUUUUAGAAUAAUGUCCAUUACUUAAAUAAUAAUUUAUUUAAUUUUAUCUUACUAUUUUAUUUGACUGUGCUUUGUUUUGCAGUAUUCAAUAAAAUUUUCUUCUAAUGUAUUUUA